AUGAAAUUCAUUUCAUAUAAAGAUUAUUUAAAUUUUCUUCAGAAGGUUCACGAGUCAAUUUGGUCCCUUUGGACUCAGGAUGAAGAUAAUUUAUCUCAGAUUGCGUCAGCUAGCAGAGAUCGUCAUCUUCCGUCUUCUGUCGGGUAUGAAGUGAUGCUCACUUUACUUCUGCCCGAUGGGCGACCAAAGAUACCAGGCCUGGUUCAAGAGGCAAUGAGACCGAAUAAACUCUAUUCAGAUUGGCUGGCUUUAGUAACAAAUCCAAAUGAAUGGCUACGGAUUGCCCUUGAGCCAAGUCUUGCUCCAUGGGCACGACUAGCGCAUAUUAAUGUGCAGACGCAGAGAUUAUAUGCCAUCGGUCUAAAUCAACAGAAAGCCAGGUGA